UGAAGAAACACAAAGAGAAGCCACGGUUCUGCCAUUGAAGGUGUUCCCCAAGCUUCAAUUCUCUCUCUCUCUCUCUCUCUCUCUCUCUCUCUCUCUCUGGGAUUCUGUUUCACGUUCUUCUCUUCUCUUUGUUGUUCUACUUGGUAGUUACGAUUUUCCUCUCUUCCGCUUAUGUCCAGCGGUGGCACAACCUCUGACAAUGGAAGCCCGAGAAUCUUGGGGUCUAUGACGAGACGAAGAGUGACUGAUUUCACAGACCCAGAAAAAUCUAAUUUAUCCGAUUUCUCAGACGAAGAAGCCGAUAGCAAUGGCAGUGAUUCUGGAGAUCGCCACCGAAACCCUGUGAUACGAUUUAUGCUGUUUCGUAUGAGACUGGUUUGUCUGCCAAAGCGAUGGCUGCUUGGCAUUGAGAGCACGAUUCUGUGGUUGGUUUCAUGGUUACAAUCAAUGAAAUCAGGGAAGCACAUGAACCGUAGGAUUUUGCUAAUGCUCAUAACUUUGGUGGUCUUCACAAUUUUUUUGAAGUUGUCUUUACUCAGUCAUGUGGAUGUGAAUGUGAAGAGAAGAGACAGUGGGCUCUUGAUUCUUCAGCCAUUGAAGGAUGAUUGGUACAUGGCGCAAAAGGUUGUGAAGGAGGAUGAGAACAGCGAAGCCGUCUCCUCUAAGUGGUUGUUGAAGUCUCCGACACCUGGAAUUUGGAUGAAACCAAAUAGCAAUAACUAUUACCAAUGCAUUGGUCGACUACAGAGUCAUAUAAGGAAAGAAAUGGGUACCAAUGGUUAUAUCAUAGUUCAUGCCAAUGGUGGAUUGAAUCAGAUGAGAACAGGAAUAUGUGAUAUGGUUGCAAUAGCAAAGAUCAUGAAUGCUACUUUGGUCCUUCCUUCUCUAGAUCAUAAUUCUUUUUGGACCGAUACAAGUGAUUUUAAAGAUAUUUUUUAUUGGAGGCACUUCAUAGAAGUAUUGAAAGAUGAUAUUGAGAUAGUAAAGUCUCUUCCAAAGAAUUAUGCAGCCCUUAAACCCCUUGUAAAGGCCCCUGUUUCAUGGUCCAAGGCUGGUUACUACAGAGCACAUAUACCUCUAUUAAGGCGGCACAAGGUGAUGAAGUUUACACACACUGAUUCUCGCCUUGCUAAUAAUGGCCUCUCGAGCUCAAUCCAAAAGCUCCGUUGCCGUGCUAAUUACAAGGCUCUCCGAUACACAAGAGAGAUAGAAGAACUUGGACAUAAAUUAGUUGAUAGACUGAGGAACAAUAGCAACCCAUAUAUUGCUCUCCAUUUAAGAUAUGAGAAAGACAUGCUUGCAUUCACUGGUUGUAGCCACAACCUUACCUUAGAGGAGGCUGAAGAGCUCCGUAAAAUGAGGUAUAGUGUGAAGCAUUGGAAGGAAAAGAGGAUCAACAGUAAGGAACGACGGCUCCAAGGAGGAUGUCCAUUGUCCCCUAGGGAAGCUGCUAUUUUUCUCAAGACCAUGGGUUAUCCUUCCACCACAAACAUUUACAUAGUUGCAGGGGAGAUUUAUGGUAGUAGAAGCAUGGCUGGGUUUCAUGGUGAGUACCCAAAUGUCUUCUCCCACUCCACUCUAGCCACAAAGGAGGAAUUGGGGCCUUUUGAUCAUCAUCAGAAUCGCCUUGCUGCAUUGGACUAUAUUGUAGCAUUGGAGAGUGAUGUCUUUGUUUAUACCUAUGAUGGGAAUAUGGCUAAAGCAGUGCAGGGCCAUAGGAGAUUCCAAGGAUUUCGAAAGACCAUAAAUCCUGACAGACAAAAAUUUGUGAGACUGAUUGAUCAGAUGGAUAAGGGUGCAAUCUCUUGCGAGGAUUUUUCAUCAAAAGUGAAGAGUAUACACAUUGAUAGGGUGGGAGCACCGUAUUUAAGAAAGGUGAGAGCAUCCCCAAGACUGGAGGAGAACUUCUAUGCAAAUCCUUUCCCUGGUUGUGUUUGUGAGAAGUCAGAACAAACUAACACCAACCAGGCAGAAGAAAAAUGAAGCCAGAGGUCUUGCUUUGCGAAGAUAGUUUUGUUUGGGUUUUUGAUGAGUAGUAGGAGCUGAUCAUACUGCACCGUACAUGACAAGCAUUGUUCGGACGGAGGUAGAAAGAGCUAUUGCAGAAUAGUAAGCAAAAAGGAUUUUUAGACUGUGUUUGGUAUGCGUUCUCGGGAUAUAGAUUCUAGGUCUAUAAUGUAUUAUGAGCAUUCUAAACUCAGAAUCUAUUCCAAGAAUGUAUACAAAACACAGUCUAAAUAUCUCACUUGGGCUAGGCCUUUACUAAUUAAUGUUUUUUGCUUUAUAAGAAAAAAAGAAGAAAAAAAGAGAAAAUAUAAUCCAGAGCUGAAAAUAAAAUUUAGAGUGUUGCCAAACAUCCAGUCAAAUGCAAAUUCAUUUCACCCAUGAGAUAACG